AUUCAUUCCGCAAAUAACUAUAGCGGCAGCAGCAAUAACAACAACUAUCUCAAAACCAAUAAUAAUACCAACUUCCCCAACAGCAAUAGCAAUAACAAAACUUGUGAAAGGUGUAAAUCUUUGGAGGCUAAAAUUGACGAUUUGAACACCAAAUUUGACAACAUGCUAGGUAUUUUUUUAAAUAAAAUUUUGAUGCAAAUAAUUUUAAAAAUGAUUAUUUUCCAGAUUAACUUAAAAAAAUGAUGGAAGUUCAAUCAAAGCAAGGCGCCCAAUUAGGCGUUCUUGCUAAUAAGGACGCAGAUAUGAGGAAUUUGAGCAAACUCUUCCCUAUAAAAACCAUUGAAGAAAUGGAAAGCGUCAAUAACGCCAUAAAUGAGGUGAACAUCAAUGAAUAUAUUAACGCAAUAAAACACUUAUUAAAGGGGGAUCCUGUAAAGCACUUUGAGGAAAUUAUCUCCAGAUCUAUGUGCAACGAAGUCAAUGUAGGCGGCGUCCAUGGCAAGAUUUGCCUCAAAAAAUAUACUUCCUUGUAUGAUGCGAUUAUAAGUACGUAUAUAAAUUAAUUUUUGUUUAAAUAAAUUCUUCAAUUUCAUUUAUUUUUAAUAACAGUUGGAUUGUCGGCGACGUCAGAAAAGCCCGAUAAGCAACUAUCGA